UUUUUCGUCUAUUUUUUUGCGAAAAAAAGUAAUCAAAUUUGAGUUUCCGCCAAUCAAUACAUAAAUUCAUCGGAAUGGCUCACUCAAAAAAAACGUCGGCAGGCAAAAAGACAAAAGCGCUAGUAAAAACAGCCGUUCUCAUGCCAAACAAACCGCAUUGCCAGCCUCUGGCACAGACCAAACACAAAAUCAACAGCCGUCGGACAUAUCUAACGACACGAAUAUCCCGCUGCUUUCGUCGCCUACGUAUGCAGAUGUCGCUGCUUUGGCCAUCGAGCGCCACCCUGCAGAUGCGGCGCAACAAGCGGUAAUGCAGAGCCCACUCUUCGCUUUGUGCUACAUCUACUUCUAACUACGGCGCUAUACCCAGCACCAGCAACAUAUCCGACAACUCGAACACAACCACCAUAUCUGGAUUUCUACACCGAGCCGCCAGCCGCUUUUAGAGUCGCACCACAUCCAUGAUUCCAACACGGGUGAUAUGAGCGGCACAACGCCGUGUACACGUUGUCAGCGAAUAAAUAGUCACGCGCAUAGCAGCUCGGCAACGUCUUCACUGUCAUCCAGCCUCACUCGGACAGAGGCCAUUCUUGUUCCCAAGUUUGUUGCCGCACAGGUCGAUGAAAACGAAUUACGUAAUAUCGCGCAUACGCAGGGCCCUAAGGUCGCGGCAUUCUAUGAGGCUCAAAAUGAGCUGAUCGCCGAGCUCCUCAGUGUUAACCAGCAGCAUACCGAUGACAUCCUUGAGCUGCAGUCCGAGCAGCUACGGGCUAAGCAGCAGCAGGUGGACUUUGCCGUGCGCAUCUCAGUCAUUGUGAACGUGUUUGUUGUGCUGGCGCAGCUGUACGCCGCCAUUUCAUCGAGGUCCCUGGCACUGUUUGCAACGAUGAGCGAGGCCAUGAUGGAUCUCUUGUCCUCGAUCAUCUUGCUUCUGGCAUCGAUGGCCGCCCGCCGCAGCGACCGGUUUUCACUCUAUCCCACUGGCCGCUUCAAGCUGGAGACCAUUGGUGUAAUUGUGUUCUCUGUGCUCAUGGGAACUUUCUCAGUAGUGCUCUUGGUCGAGUCCGUUCGGGCGCUGAUUGCUGCCGAGGGCGUUUCAAACCAGCUCUCGAUUUACGAUGCCAUCUGCGUCAUCGCCGCGCUGGUCGCCAAGAUAUUUCUGUACCUGUACUGCUACUCUCUGCGCGAAUACCACGCCGCACACGUUCUGAUGACUGACCACCGGAACGACGUUAUCGUUAACGCCUUUGGCCUGGCUGUGGCCAUUGCCAGCAAGCAUAUGAUGCCCUGGAUGGAUCCGAUGGGCUCGCUGAUUAUCGCGCUGAUUAUCCUAAAGUCCUGGGUCGAGGAAGCCUGGGAUCAGAUCAAGCUCAUUGUUGGCAUUCGCGCCGACCCGCAUCUUCUGCAGGUCGACCGUGUUGUUGCUUAUCAUUCGGGCGCCAAGCUCUUUGUCGAAGUUGACAUUGUCAUGCCGCCGUGCACGCCGCUGGUAACAAUCCACGAUGUGGCUGAGUCGCUGCAGGAGAAGUAUGAGCGCAUGCCUGGUGUUGGCCGAUGCCAUGUCCAUGUCGACUACGAGGUGACGCAUCGCUCGGAGCACCAAAACGCUUCGGCAUAGAACUUUCUGUAUUGUGUAAAAAAAUGCAAAUACACUACUACCUAACCCUUUUAGUAACAUUUGGAUUUGCGGCGGAUUUUCCAUUUUCAUAUUAUUUCCCUGGUUUUGCUUUUUAAUUUAACACCGCACUACACAUACGCAUAUAUCAUUGCCCCAUUAUUCUACGCAUUGUUGCCUUUUCAAAUGACCA